ACGACAUCCGAUAUAAAGACCAUGAUAGUCAAAAUCUCAACCAUACCCUUUGGACGGCGUACACCUGUGUAACCUAUGUAGCCUCAUUCCUCCCCCCUCCCCCGUUCGAACUUUGAUCAAAAUACCAACUCUAUCACUAUGAACUCCCUGAAAUGUGACGAUUAUUUCGGCGUCCACUUUAUGGGUAGACAUUUAGGCUGUCUGAUAUAACUGUUCAACGUUAAAAUUAAAAUAUUUAGUCUCGAAUAAGGAGAUGAUCUCGGAAAUAGCAUGGAAAAUUUUAUCCCUCACACUUCAGCACGAUGUAUUUUUCCGGCUGAAGAAAAUGGGAUGUUUCCAAUUUCAUUAAUCAGUUUUUUGUGCAAAUCAACGCGCACUUAUCACCGUGCAACAGCCUUCUUUUAUUAAAUCGUCCAUAGUUAUCUAACUUACUACCCACAGCUAAAAAAUUCCACUAGAUUUUUAGACCAAACAAAGUUUUGUUUUUCUCAAAAACAAUUAUCAAGACAGAGGCUACAGAUGGGUUAUCAGUGCCUCAGGGAAUACACUACAAUAAUAACAUAUGAUAUUCCUGGCUGAAACUUGAGAGAAGGGAAUUUUUUUUUGUUUCGGUCAGAAAUAUAGAGUUCAUCACUGUCAGAACUCACGUCCGUCUUUCUAUAUCUUUUCUAACCGUUCUGAAUCUUUUGGCGUUGCCAACACAGAGAGAAAUCGGCGACGAAAAUCAGCUCAGAUUCUUGUUUGAUUCGCUAACUGGACAGAAAGGAAAGGUUCUUUCUGAGACAAACAGGAAAACUGAACGAAAGUGACAGAAAUGGCAGGCCCGUAUGGACGUCUUCCGCCUGGUACAACAAAUCUUACACUGAUGCAUGGUUUUGGUUUUAACUCGUUCAAUAUGGAUUUUGUCAAGCUCGAGACACUCAAAUACGAAGGUCCUCCAAGAAAGCAACGCAGGGAGCGAACGACUUUUACUAAAGCUCAACUUGAAAUCCUAGAGGAUCUCUUCAGCAAAACAAAAUACCCUGAUAUCUUCAUGAGAGAAGACGUCGCCACGAAAAUCAAUCUGCCAGAGAGCAGAGUACAGGUCUGGUUUAAAAACAAGCGCGCCAAGUAUCGUCAACUGAAGAAACAACAACAAGAAAUGCAAAACAAACCAGACCAGGUUAAAGUCAAACCAUGCUCCUCAUUACCACCCCCAGGGGACCAAGCUAUCAGUCCGGAACCCAACAAAGCAUCGAAAAAUUUGAACUUUAGAGGAGUCGCAAUACCACAGAAUGACGUCACAGAGUUCCUGAAACACAGUAGUCUGCUGAAACAAAACGUAGAGAAACAAGAAGGUUAUCGGCCUUUUAAACCGGUUGAUAACGCUGUUGAAGACCAUUUAAUGGAUCUGGCGAAUUAUGUUCACAAAAAAUGCAUGACAACUUAAUCACGGAUUGAAAAAGACAAAGAAAGAUAUAAAAAAAUUAAUACGAAGAGAGGUUAAUUGAAUGCUUACUACGCUCUCUGUGAACGACGAAGUUUACCAAUCUGAUCAUUAUUUCUCUACUAUUUCCUAUCUGUGACGUAUCUCGUUUAUAACUUUACCCAGUCCUUCCUAUACUCCUCAGCUAUCGAGCACCAAAGACUUAUUCGCUAUUCAUAUUUAAACAGUAACAAGCUCAAUACCUUAGACGUUCAAAACGAGACCUUGCAUCUUUUGCUCAUGUAAGAGCCGUGUGUGUAUAUAUACCAUGAAAAUUGCCUUCGUGAUGACGUUAGAUUGUAAAGUAACUAUGCCAUUCCGUAAUUGAUCAUGUAAGCGUUGAGAUAUUGAAAUUAAAUGUAUAGUUAGCGGCAGGAAAGUCGAUUCCAUUUUUAAUAAACUCCUACAGAUUCUUUUCA